GCAGCCCCGCCCCCUUUUAGUGAGGAAACCUAACCUGUGUGCGCGUGCACGCCGUGCUUCGCACUGGGCCAGCUAACUCUGCUAAGUCAUUUACCUCAGGAGAGUCAAGCCAAGUUCACCGAGCUAAAAAUGUAGAAUAUAACUUACGUAACUCUAUUUUGAGGGUAUAUCUGAAUGUACGCCGGUACAGCAGGGCUGGGGGGCCUGAAUUAGGGAAUAAAGCGACUCGUUGGUGUUCUGUUUAAAGAGAGAGAGAGGGAGAGAGGGAGGAGGUGACCUGAAAAUGAACUGUUGAGCUGGAGCUGUGACAAAUGACAGAUGGAGAAGACACACAAUCUGCUGCUGGGGAUUUUUACAGUUGCCCUAUGCAAAUAUUCACUGGCUGGAUGGAAUACGACGAGGGACACAGCAAAUAAGACUGUGUCCUGCGGUGCCCAUGACAACAGCGGCAAUUGCACAGUCUACAAGCAAAAAAUGGGAGAAACAACACAGGAAAGCUACACAAAGGAUAUCCUCCAAUGGAGUGGCCAUUUCUCCACGUGUCCUGACGAGUAUGUACAUUAUUGUGUCCAUGGGACGUGCCGUUUUGUGCAGGAGCAGAACACGCCCAUCUGCAGAUGUGAGAAUAGAUACAUCGGUGCCAGAUGUGAAUAUUUUGAUCUCGGCGGGUUGGUGGGCGAACGGAGGGAAAUAGUCAUCAUUAGCAUUAUAUCUGGACUGGUCAUUCUCCUUCUCAUCAUUGUCUUUAUAUGCAUCUGUGCACACAGAAGGCUAUAUCGAAAAAAGAGAAGAAAACAGGAGAAAAGGGAUGAAGUGGAGCGGCUGAACACACUAAACACUAAUGAAGCUCCACCUGCCAUCGGAGAGGUGUCUGACACGAACACAGUAUGAGAGCUGUAAAACCAGUCUACAGGGAGUUCCUGCUGGACAGGAAGACAUCCUGCCUGAUUAGUGAACCUGAAGGCCUUUAAAUGGACCCAAGGGAUGCAGCAUGUGAUCCAACUCCAGUCUUUAUUAUAAAUCAGCUGCAUUUGGGAGUGACUGCAGAGGCAGGAAGGUAAACAGCAAAAGACUAUGUGCUAUGUACUAUUUUCCAGGCUAUAACACCAGCAGCAGUGUGUUUUGAAUGUUAUGGGCAUAGGAUCAGGAAUCUCUGUCUUUUGUAUAACAAGAUUUACAGAUCACCAGAUCUUUCAACUGUAAAAUGGAUCUGUUUUUCUGUAAUGCCCCAAAGGACAAUUUAAUAGAUGGCUAUAUUACACAAGUGGAUCCUUUUAUAUAAGAAAGGUAAUGCCUUGCAAUGGGGGGAAAAAGAAAGAUGUCUUUUCAAGUAAAAAAAAAUGAAUAUAGUCAAAUGUAUCCAACAUUUCUCAUUGCGAUUAUGAUAAAACAAAUACAAGAUUAUGAAGGCGAUUUGAAGACAUUUUUACUCGUUGGACUCAUGUAAAGCUUGGAACUGUCUUCUACUGGCAGAUAAUUUUACAGUAUGCUCAGAAAUACUGAACGAAUUGUUCUACCAAUAGAGCAAGACAAUAAAGGCUUAAUCAUCUUGCAUUUAUUUUAAUAUCACAAUAUGGAAUACUAAAUACAUUUGGCUACAAUCAUGAUAUUUUUACAGAGAUAUCAUUGCAGUGUGGAGAAAAAUCUCAAAACUCUUUGGUGGCAAAGUGCAAGGAGACUAGACUACAAUCGCAUCAUUCAAAGGCAGUUACCUCAGAAUCAAGAUACUAGUUACUGCAAUGUUUGAUGUCAAAGAAUUUAAACAUUUCUAGCAAAUACACUGAUCUAUUUAUUGCUUGAAAUAUGUAAAAUAAAAAAAUAUAUAUAUAUAAUAACUUUAUUCUGCUAAUGUAGUGUUAUGUGCUGUUUUACUUGCUGUGUAGAUAGAACAUUCCAGUAAAGUUGAAUCUAUCAUAAAAUAAAAUGAAGCAUUUUUGUCA